AUGGGUAGAAGCGACAACCCGGACUGUCUCCUCGACCCCGCGACCAUCGAUGCUGCGACGGACACCUGUAACCCCCUCCGCUACAUCCCCAGCAUCGCGCUCAAUGCCACCGGUGUUGCCCUGUACGGCACCGCCGCGGCGAUCACCAUCUACUACCAGAUCCGCUACCGCAAACUGGGUCUGUGGUUCAUGGUGCUCCCCAUCUCGGUCGCGUGUGAGGCGAUCGGCCUGGCGCUGCGUAUCUGGCUCAGGACCAACGUCCACAGUCUCGGUGGCUACAUCGUCACCAACAUGUUCGUCAUCCUGAGUCCUUGUGGUCUUCUCGCGGCCGACUAUGUGCUCCUGGGCCGUCUUGUCCGCUGGCUCAACGCCGACAGGUACCUUUUCAUCAGGCCUGAAAAGGUCAGCACCAUCUUUAUCAUUUCCGAUGUCGUCACUUUCCUCAUCCAGGCCACUGGCGGCGGUAUGUCGGCCAUGGCCUCCAUGGCCAAGAUCGGACCCAAGAUCUUCCUCGUCGGUCUGGCAGCCCAGCUCGGCAGCUUUAUCCUGUUCACCUUUAUGUGGCUCGUCUUCCUCAUCAGGGCUCGCCGCGACACUGUCGUCUGGAACCACCCUGGCUGGAAGGGCCUCUACUUUGCGCUCGGCUGGACGUGUAUCUUCUUCAUCGUCCGUUCGUGCUUCCGUGUCGUCGAGCUGUCGCAGGGCUACGUCGGCUACCUGGCCACGCACGAGGCCUUCGUGUUCGGCCUCGACACUAUCCCCCUCUGGAUCGGCCUCGUCGUCUACUGCUGGUACUGGCCACCCAAGAUCCUCACCGCCGAGACGGCCAUUCCCAAGGUGACGCACGACUACCAGAUGAACGGCCCCGACUCGCCGGGCCGCGUCCACAACCUGGACGACAAGUAUUAG